UGACCUUUGCUCUGAGCUUCCUGGUAACCCGGACGUUCCGUAAACUUGAGUCCGGAACCGAAAGCGCUGCUCAAAUGCCUUCUCGGAUUUCACUUUUUGAGCCUUUGCCUUCUGAGCACUCAGAAGGAAGUGCUGCCUGAGCUCAGUCCUGACUGUUCAAUUGAGGGUGGGGUGCCAGGUACCUUCUGGAGCUGCCAGCAGCCUGACACGGUCAAAAGAGAGAGAAAGGGAGGAAUAUCCUAGACUGCGAGGAUACCUGCUAAAGGCCCAGAGGCAAGGAAGAGCCUUGAGAGACUGAAUCACAUCUUGGUGAACCACUAUGGCGGACGAGGCCACCCGGCGUGUGGUCUCUGAGAUCCCGGUGCUGAAGACCAACGCCGGACCUCGAGAUCGGGAGUUGUGGGUGCAGAGACUCAAGGAGGAAUAUCAGUCUCUAAUCCGGUAUGUGGAGAACAACAAGAACGCGGACAAUGAUUGGUUCCGACUGGAGUCCAACAAGGAAGGGACUCGGUGGUUUGGAAAAUGCUGGUAUAUCCAUGACCUCCUCAAAUAUGAGUUUGACAUCGAGUUUGACAUUCCCAUUACAUACCCCACUACUGCUCCAGAAAUUGCAGUCCCUGAACUAGAUGGAAAAACAGCAAAGAUGUACAGGGGUGGCAAAAUAUGCCUAACGGAUCACUUUAAGCCUUUGUGGGCCAGGAACGUGCCUAAGUUUGGACUGGCUCAUCUCAUGGCUCUGGGGCUGGGCCCAUGGCUGGCAGUGGAAAUCCCUGAUCUGAUUCAGAAGGGAGUGAUACAGCAUAAAGAGAAAUGCAACCAAUGAAGUACCGAGCCACUGAGGCAGGACAGAGGGACCUUUGAUAGGUUAUAUUCCUGUUUUCCUGUGCAUCAUUCUUUUACUCAUGUAACUGCUUCCCCCAUACCCCUUCACCUAUAAUUGUUAUUGAGAAGCUGCAGCAGACACUGCUGAAAAAAAAAGUACAGUAUUGUUACCGAAUUUCUGAAUUGGGUUACACAGGAAGAGGAAAAACUAGGGCCUUGAAAAACCAAAGGGCAACUAAUAUCCCUUUCCCAGGUGGAAAAAUUUAAAAUCCUGGAGGGAUAGGUGGUGACUGAAAGUGGGUACAUAGUCUUUUUGGUUUGGGGUGGUAAUUCAUCAAUAAAAGCUGCUUCCUUCA